CUCCUCCUGGAUUCCUCUCCUCUCAUCCCCGGACAGGCAGGUAGUGAUCUCUGCGCAGGGACCCGGAUAACAUGACUGCGGCCGUGCUGCUCCUGUGCCUGCUCUUUCCCAGCACCCUGCACGCCCGCCUGGUGCACCCGGGUGAGGACGGCUUCUCGGAGUGCAAUGACUUCUUCCACCAGGGCAGCCCACCCCAGGGCUUCAGCCACCCGGACAACGCCAAGAUCUGCCAGAGGUACCAGGGAGACAAGCACUAUGCCACCCUGUACAGCACCCAGCACAAGAUCCCCGUCUACUCCGCCUUCACAUACCAGGAGGACGCGGGGGGCGCCUGGGAAAGCUGGAUGGUGGAGCCUCAGGUAGACGACUCAAAGAGCAGUUUGGAUGAAGUCAGCAAAGGAUCUGACGUGACGGAGAAGGUUCCCGGCCUAGGAACAAAGCAAGCCUUAGAAGAAGACUACGCCUCAACAGAUUACCAGCCUGGCCUGCUCUACCAUAAAGCUUCACCGGCUCUCACCAGCUCUGUGCCGUUGAUGCCGGACUUCAAGGAGAAAUGGGCGACCGAUGUGGACCAACUGGUUAAGGAGAAAUUCUUGCCUCAUUGCGAGAACGGAGAGAACCUUCACCUUCUUGCCGGAGCCGUCCCAUCCGAUACCAAAAUAAACGAUAAAGUCAGCGUUCCCGAAUAUGUCUGGCUCGCGGCGUGCUGUAGCGCCCCCGACACUUGGUCCUUAGGGGUCAUUAAGAGAACUGGAGACGUAGAAGGUCUAGAGCAGGUCUCGGUGGAGGAACUGGAAAACCAGCUGUCUGGUGAUGUGAAGUUGUUUGCCGGCCAGUGUGGUGGUGGCGCCGUCCAUCCCGAACUGAGAUCAACAUCUGAAGCCUCAACCCAGACUGAGGAGGAACCACCAGUUCAGACCCCAGGAGCAUUUGUUAGGUUUUUCCAGUUCAUCUUCUCUGUUGUGUAUGAAGUCAUAAAGAGCGUCCUGUGCUUGGUAUGGUUCCUCUUAAAACAAGUCUUUAAUGUGAUCCUCGGCCGACUGUGCUGGAUCUGGACUGCGGUCACCACCUACGUCUUCGCCCUGAGCAAAGUCUUGCUGAACAUUCCUUACGACGUCCUCCGAGUCUUCGGUAACAUCCUCUGCGGCUUCGUGCGUGUCCUCGACAAUGCUUUGUCAGUUGUAUGUCUCAUACUUAGGCUGCCAACGAGAUUCCUAUGUGACAUGGCCAGCUUCCCCUACUACACAAUCUGUGCCAUACCGGAUGUUGGUAUGGACAUACUAAGUGGUGUCUGGGGCGUGUUUAUGUUGGGCUUCUCAACAGUGUUUGGCGCAUUCGGGGGUUCCUUCUCGGUGGCCUCCUUUGCAGGGAGCAGUGUUUUCCAAAGGUUCAUUGGACAGUCUGAGGGUUACGAAAAUUGACCGGUCAAACCCAACCGCUGAUCGAUAGUGUGCUCACACUUUACCGCAAGUCAUUCGGAAUUCUGGUGGAAUUUCUACGAAAUUUCCAUUUGUUUUUAACCCUGCUUAUCGGCAAUUUUUUUGUCAACCCGCGAGAAUUCAACUCCUUUAGAUACCAUGGUAAUGGCUGGCUUUUCGGUAAAUUUGAAGUAGAAACGACCAGCUGGUUUUUCCAGCCUCAUUUCUCUUUGUAUUGUGGAGGGCGCAUUAAAAAGUGCUUUAUGGCUUAGAGAAAGUUGUGCAAUUUCGUAAUGAUUUGGUUGAGUAUACCGAAUGCAGUUAGGUACUGACGUAAAUUAAUGGGAAUAUUUCGGCAGGUGGCUGUCUGCAAAGCGCAGAUUGGUGUAAAUUAUAAGGGAUGUAUGGUGUUUUUUUUUUUUUUUUUUCAUCUUACAUAAAAUGUAUUGCUAAAAAAAAUACUACUACUUCACAGUAAGGCAUAAUAUGGAUUUUUACUACAAAAUGCCGAGAAAACAUUCACUGUAGGUGUUAGGAAUAGUGGGGAAAAAAAAAAACAAAAAGAAAAAACAACUGGGGUGAUCACAUAUUGCUGCAAACUGAAGAGGUUAUUUGCUUCUCCUUUAAAUUGUGGCAAUGUAAAUUGAUUUUAUUUAAAUAUUGAUUGUUUAAAAAUGUUUAAACAAUCAAUAUUUAAUUAUGGUUUUUGACUUUUUUUAUAGCUUUUUUUUUUUUUUUUUUUUGCCUGUUUUAUUAGCGAUACAAAAGGUCAUAAAAUGUGCCGCCAUAUGGUGCUCUUUACAGCAUUAUACUAGUUAUCUUCUCCUAGAAGCUGUGUUUUUAGAAGCAAUGUCUCUGUGACACAGCAUCUGAUGGGAGUAUGCCUUGACCACCUUGUUCCCGUGUAUGAAACCCGAGGCCUGUGGUGGUAGAGUAGGAUCUAAUCUUUGUGCGCCAUAUCAUGGCUCUAUACCAGUGUUUACCAAUCAGGGUGCCUCCAGCUGUUGCAAAACUACAACUUUCAGCAUCGGGCAUGCUGGGAGUUGUAGUUUUGCAACAGCUGGAGGCACCCUGGUUGGGAAACACUGCUCUAUACAACAUGGAGGUUCUUGGAGCCGUAUGUAAGUCCCGUCAAAAUAACCUAAAUCAAUGGCCUUAUAAUCAGCCAAUAAUCAUAUGACCAAUACAGAUCAGUAGGACUUUAUUGGGCACUAUCGAUGUUUAGACGCAAUAGAUGUUAAAAAAUGUUGGGCUGAUAUUUUUGUUUUGGUUAAUCAAUGACCAGUGAAAAUGUUAUCCGGAAAGGUCUUUUUUUUUUUACUCUCUUUUUAUUUUUUUGUCCACAAAUAAAAAAAUUUGUAGGGUAAAUCCGGAUAAAUAUUGAGUUAUAGUUGCCAUAGACUGGAGGAAAAAAAAAAUGUCCAGUGCGGAUGUGCAGGUUAAAGGGGUACUCCGCCUGCCUGAAAAAAUCUUAUUCCUUAUCCAAAGGAUAAGCGAUAAGAUGUCUAAUCACGGGGGUCCUGCCACCAGGGAGCCCCCGCAAUCUCCAGGUCAGUCCGGAACACAGAAUGUUUGUGAUUUCACGCCACGUUCCCUCUAUUCAUGCCUAUGGGUAGGGGGCUUGAUAAAUAGUAUGUCGCCGUUGAGACUCCUCCUAUAGACCUGAAUGGAGGGGGUGUCGCCAGUCAUCCAGCAUGGUGCGGAGUUUGCUCUGUGCAUUGGAUGACUGGGGUGCUGCAACGGAGAUUGUGGGGGUCCCCAGUGGCGGGGCCCCAUGAUUAGACAUCUAACCCUAUCCUUUGGAUAGGGGAUAAGAUGUUUUCCAGCGUAGUACCCCUUUAAAACUACGGUGGCGCAUUUUGAGUGCUAUCUGUACUCUUAGUCAUCCCUUUGAUAUGAUUAAGACUGUGGCUAGCACUUGAAACGCGUUGCGGUUUUUAUGAAAUAAAGACUCAACAUUACGUUUUUACCAGCACAUCCGUGCUAGAUGUUCUUUUCUACCGGCGCUUGAUUUGGAUGUUGACACGUACCUGUCUGUGCUGAAGGUUUUUUUUAAGCUUUUAUGACUGUACGAUAGCAGCUGCAUACAGGCCUACUUGUGUUGUUGUGCUAUUCUUUUAUCCCUCCUUAUUUUAGAUUGAUUUAGAUUUUUUUUAUCCAAACACUAUCAGUAUUAUUCGAAAUAAUCCAAACAAUGCAACAUUUUUACAUUUGGGAACGAACCUUUUGCAAGUUUUAGAAUUCCAAAGCACCUGUAUUUUACGUCUCAUGUUAUGCUCCUGUUUCUCUCAAUCGGUAUUAUUAUUUAUUUCUGACCUAGUUCUGUUUGCACUGAAAGAAAAUGGAAGAAAUUCCGAAGGAACAAAAAAGGGAAUUUAUUAUAAAUUUUUUAGUUUGGAACAACCUGUUGUUAAGAAUAAACGUGUAAAACUUGCCGUGUC